GUCAAGGCUGGUGAAGCCUGGGUAAAGUGUGCAUAUAGCUUCUAGAAGCCACAUGAUUCCUCAUCCAGGCAGCUUCUUCACUGACUGGGCAGUUACGUCAUAGAUCAGUCUGGCUGGGACGGGACCCGUUUCUCCCACGACUGUGGAUCCAUCCUGAACAACUCAGCACCUGGAGCUGAGGGACAGUACCAGGCCAUCUCAGGAAUUUUUCCUGCACUUGUGGAUGACUGCACACCCGGAAGCUAAACUGAUCAGAAACAUCAAGAGUUUCGUGCUGUCCACAUGGCCACACCCAUCCUGCCUCUUUGGUGUGCUGAAGUUAUCUGAAACUUUCUGUUUUUCGUGUUUUAUAAUCCUCUCUUGGCUUAAUAGCCACAUUACUUACUUCAGUUAUUUGAACUUACAUGUUUUAUGGGGAAUUUUCUGUCCUAAUUUUUUAAGUGUUAAGGUAGAUAGUAGGCAAUACUGUCUCAGUGCUUUCCAUGGGAUCCCUGUCCCCACUUCAUGAUAGUGUGUGAGGGACUGUCAUCAUUCUUAUUACAGAGGUGAAGAGAGCAAAGGAAGCAGUCACAGUACUUGUGUGUUUGGGAAUGGGACGGUUUAUUCAAAAGAGGCACAUUUUGUCUGUUUGCGGUAAGGUGUUUGUCCCUUGUCAAGAACAUGCUUCUGGAAUGUGCAAAUGAGAUAAAAGGGAGUGUACAGUCCCCAGCUGAGAAUUGGGGAUAACUGAGCCAACUUAGUGCUGACACUUCCUGUGGCAGGCUGUGGGCUUACCCUGCAGUAAAACACAGAACUAGAACGUCUGUGGCCUGGCUUGCUUGUUGCUUUGGUGAUUGUGGCAAGUGUUGUAGAGUGACUAUGGAGGGACAGGCAUGGACAGGAAUACCAGCUGAAUUUCAGGCAUGUCGAAUGUAAGAUCUGGAAAAUAUGUGUCUGGAGUAUAGAAGAGAGACCUGCACUGGUGAUAAAAAUUUGGGACGUGUUGUUGUAGAUGACAAAUUAGUCAUGAAGCCAGGCAGGCUCACCAUCAAAGGAGCAAGUGCCAAUCACAAAGGGAAAAAGACCACAGCCUGGCUCUGGGAUGACUAAGAGGAGACUGGGAAGCAGUGGCCUGAGCAGUAUGGGCAGCACUAUUUUAACGUCCUGGAGGCAAAAUGAAGAGUGUCAGAGGAAGAGUGCAUCCUGGGGUUCCAUGAGUCUCCCUCAGUCCCGUGUGUCCCAGGGCAGAAGCUGUACCCGCUGGUAUUGGUGUGUCCAUCAACCAGGAUUCUUCUUGGCUGUCAGAACAAGCCCAGUAUUUUCCUAAUGUGUAUGAAUGAGCCCCCAGGCAGUGUACUUCUGAUGUGUGUGUUUUCCUCUAUAAUCUAUAACACAGUGUUCAUGGCUAACUGUACCGGUAAGCUUGAAAAGAUCUUGUCCCAUGUGCCCUUUCCCUGUCACUCACUGAUUACGGGGCUAUUGCAGGAGCUGGUGUCCUUCAAGGACGUGGCUGUGGACUUCACCCAGGAGGAGUGGCAGCAGCUGGACGCUGACGAGAAGACCACGUACAGGGACGUGAUGCUGGAGAACUACAGCAACCUCGUCUCCGUGGGGUAUCACACUAUCAAACCAGAUGUCAUCCUCAAGUUGGAGCAAGGAGAAGAGCCAUGGACUGUGGAAGAAGCACUCCCUCCUCUGAGCUAUCCAGAUGAAGACUGGCAAGAGGAUGACCUGAUAGACAGAGUCCAGGAAGACGAAGCUAAAUAUUCAAGGCCGACUGUGCUUUUCAACAACAGAAGCCUGGUUGAAGAGAGAGGUAAUGUUGCUGGAAAAGUGUUUAAUGCAGAAAUGAACCCUGUUUCUUCAGGAAAAACAGCCUCUAAGUGUGACUCCUGUGAAAAGAGUCUGACAUGUGUUUCAGAGUAUAUUAGUAGUGAUGGAAGCUAUGCAAGAAUGAAACCUGGUGAGUGCAGUGGUUGUGGGAAAUCCCUCCUUCACAUUAAACUUGAGAAAACUCAUCCAGAAGAUGACGCCUACGGACUUAAUCAAAAUGGAGAAGCUUAUGCUCUAGGUGGAGAAAAUAUUUAUCAGAAAAUUCAUAUUUUGGAGAAACCCUUUGAAUACCUUGAAUGCCAGAAAGCCUUCCCAAAGGACACAGUUUUUGUUAAUCACAUGGAAGAAAAGCCCUAUAACUGGAAUGAAUCUGAAAUAGCCUUUCUCCAAAUGUCAGACCUCAGUGUCCAUCAGAGGUCUCACUUGGAAAUGAAGCCCUAUGAAUGCCAUGAAUGUGGGAAAUCUUUCUGUAAAAAGUCAAAGUUCAUCAUACACCAGAGGACUCACACAGGGGAGAAACCUUAUAAAUGUAACCAGUGUGGGAAGUCCUUCUGCCAGAAGGGAACCCUCACGGUACACCAGAGGACCCACACUGGGGAGAAGCCCUAUGAAUGUAAUGAAUGUGGAAAGAACUUCUACCAGAAGUUACACCUCAUUCAGCACCAGAGAACCCACUCAGGAGAGAAGCCCUAUGAAUGUAGUUAUUGCGGGAAGUCCUUUUGCCAGAAAACACACCUCACCCAGCACCAGAGAACACACUCAGGCGAGAGGCCUUAUGUUUGUCAUGACUGUGGGAAGACCUUCUCCCAGAAAUCAGCACUUAACGAUCACCAGAAAAUUCACACAGGCGUGAAACUCUACAAGUGCAGUGAGUGUGGGAAAUGCUUCUGCCGCAAGUCUACUCUCACGACCCACCUGAGGACACACACAGGGGAGAAACCCUAUGAAUGCAACGAGUGUGGAAAGUUCUUCUCCCGCUUGUCAUAUCUCACUGUGCAUUACAGAACUCAUUCAGGAGAGAAACCCUAUGAAUGUACGGAGUGUGGGAAAACCUUCUACCUGAACUCAGCCCUCAUGAGACACCAGAGAGUGCACACGGGGGAGAAGCCUUACGAGUGUAACGAGUGUGGAAAGCUUUUCUCCCAGUUGUCAUACCUUACUAUCCAUCACAGGACCCACUCGGGAGUGAAGCCCUAUGAAUGUAGUGAAUGUGGGAAAACGUUCUACCAGAAUUCAGCCCUUUGUAGACAUCGGAGGAUACACAGAGGAGAGAAGCCCUAUGAAUGUUACAUAUGUGGGAAGUUCUUCUCCCAGAUGUCAUACCUCACUAUCCAUCAUAGGAUUCAUUCAGGAGAGAAACCCUAUGAGUGCAGCGAAUGUGGGAAAACCUUCUGCCAGAAUUCAGCCCUGAACAGACAUCAAAGGACGCACACAGGAGAAAAAGCCUACGAGUGCUACGAAUGUGGAAAGUGUUUCUCUCAGAUGUCCUAUCUCACUAUCCAUCAUCGGAUCCAUUCAGGAGAGAAACCCUUUGAAUGUAAUGAGUGUGGGAAAGCCUUCUCCCGGAUGUCAUACCUCACGGUGCAUUACAGAACCCACUCGGGAGAGAAGCCCUAUGAAUGUGCCGAGUGUGGGAAAAAGUUCUAUCACAAAUCAGCCUUCAAUAGCCACCAGAGAACUCAUAGGAGAGGGAAUGUGGACGUAGUUAAUAUGGGAAGGCUUCUCUGAAGUCAGUCCUCAGAUACCUGUUUCAAUGUGAUCAACUAGAAAUUCCCUCCUGCGGUCAGACACUGUGGUACAGCUGGCCUUCUGUAUCCAUAGGCUCCGUAACCAUGGAUUCCACCAGCCAAACAUAUUUGGGGAAAAAAUUUGCAUCGUACUAAACGUGUAAGUGUGUUUUUUCUUGUUAUUACACCCUGAAUUAUACAGUAUAAUAACUACUCAGCAUUUAAGUUGUAUGAAGUAUGAGUAAUCUAAAGAGGAUAUAACGUGGGAGGACUGCGUAGAUGGUCUACAGAAACUGCAUCACUUUUCAUAAGGACUUGAGCAUCUGAAACUUUGCUGUCCCCUGCCCCUCAAAUACCAAGGGACAGCUGUGCAUCAGAGCUGUGGGCAAGCCCUGUGCAUUGGUCACAUUCUUCAUCUGAAAAUUCACAGGGUAGAAACCACGUGGCACCAGACAGUACAGAGUAAAAACAUACAGACACUUAGAAUGUUCAUAUGUUUCUCCAUGGAUUCAAACUUGUCAGGGAAGUCUAUCAAUUUAAGAAAUGUGGAAGGUAUACUCCUUUGGAUAGUGUUAAUGUUAAAAGCAAACUUUUUGUAAAAAACAAGGUGUUGGGGGCAUGGCUCAAGAGGCAGAGAGCACCUGCAUAGCAAGCGUGUGACCCUGAGUUCAAACCCCAGUACUGCCAUGGGUAAAAAACCCUAGAAGAUACCUGCUGUGAAUAAACUGUGUAAAUAGAAGAUGUAGAAACAUCAGGAUAGCUAGCCAAGACCACAACAUUAAACUCAUAUAUAAACAGUUCCCCAGGAACAUAAGGCAUAAGGUUUUUUGUCUGUUUUUUAGCCUGUUCCAUUAUAGGAAUUGUACACUCAGUUGGAGUCAUGUUUGAAAGAGCAUUGUAUCGUUACUGAUUUGUCACGUGGGUAAGACUACCCAUUCUAGGUAGCACCACAUUAACAUCUUAAAAUGCCCUGUCACUGAAGUAGUACUUGGUAAAGUGUACCUUUUCCUGUGUUAGUUCCCAGACUUACAAAUGCAUUUGAUCAUUGUCAGUGAGCUAUAUCACCCAUACAGAAGCUAGUGUUUUUAUGUUUUCAACUAUAGAUGAGUCAGCAAAAGAGAUAGAAAUAUAUGUAUAAAAUACAUAGAAAACUCUGCACAGAUCAUUUUAAAUUAAGCCAGAAGUCUCCAGGAACGAGAAAUAGCUUUAGUACUUAUUGCACUGUGUACACCUAAAACAUAGGCUAUUCUCUAUUUCUAUCUGCAUUUCAUCUUUUUUUUUUUUUUGAUUGCUUAUGUAAGUUUUUACAGAGCACAAAUGCUGUGUGGCCUUGGAAUAACUGUCUUUCCUUGAUAUGCUGUUGGUUGUAACUGUUGUGCUCGGCUCCUUCUGAUUACUGAAGGAAUUGAGAACCAAUGAAGAGAGGUUGCGGCAGACAUUGCCUCAAGCACUCCUUCCUUAUCUCUGCUGGCCGAGUCUGGCACCCAUUCCUCCUGGGCGGAAGGAAGAUCCUGACUAGUUUCCAUCAGUGGUAGCAAUCUUUUCACAAUGCCAGCAGUGGGUUUUGAGUGGCCGUAGAACCCAAGUCUAGACAGACACCUCACAGCUCGUUUGUGGGCAGGGUUUCCUCAGUGGUUCAAGAGUUCAGGCAAGGCGAGGCAUAUGGGUCCAUGACAUCACCGUCUCUGGUGUGGGGCUUGCUAACGUCUCUCAACGGUGAACUGUACCUCCUCACGGCCUGCGCAGAAAGACCAAGAACUUGGGACCCAGAAUGCACUCAGCCAUGACGCAGCCAGCCUUGGGACCACUCCGUCGCCCUGUCGCUUUCAUGAGAGAUGGUUUGUUUUUAAGCCAGUUCACUUAAAAUGUCCCGUUGGUCAUAACUAAAGACAUCUGAUUCAAGUUACACUUUUGUAAGAGUUAUGCAAUUCAGAAGUGGACUUCAGGAGAAUCACUUAUUUUGAGGUGUUGAAAGAGAUUUAUUUUCUGUGAAUUUUGAUGUAAAUAGUCUGAGCAUUGGAAAUCAACUUGAAACAAUUAAAUGUGUAUACUUCCUGAACUGAACUGACUGCAGCACCGACCUUUGAACCUGGCAUAACACAGGAAUGCCUCUGUUUUCCUCGCACAUGAGUUUCGUUUGAGGUAAUUUAAUUUAUGUUAUCUGUGGAUCGUUGCUGUUACUGGUAGUAUGUGGUGUGAGAUAAGGAUCUAAAUUUGCUUGCUCUGAAAUGACUAGCCUGAUACCCUGUAUCGUUUGGCUACUUUUCCUUUCUCCCCACUGAGCUGAAAUGCCACCCUUUUCAUAUAUGAAAAUCACACAUGGCUCCUGCUCUUGUUGCCCAGCACUUGUUCUCCCUGUUCUUCUACAUGACUCUCCCCCCUGAACGGGAACCCAGCAGGGUGCCUAAAGACCUAGAAGUAUUUUUCUCUCUUUCGACCCCAGGCUCAUGCCUGUAAUGCCAGCUACUCAGGAAGUGGGGAUUAGGACAAUCACAGUUUAAG